AUGUCUCUCACCAACUUCAACAAUACUCAACAGGGGGAAGUUCUCGUAGCGCUUUUCAAGUCUACAGCGUCGUCCACUGCACCAAUACUGCUAUUAGAGAGUUUCAUUAUGGGUGUCUUAUUUGCCUGCGUCCCCUUGGGAACAUAUCUGCUGUGGAUCAAGCCUCCUCCCUUCCCACGUCUACCAUCCAUCUCGAUCCUUUGGAUCAUCCUAACAGCCAUGAUCACCCACUGGGCUUUGUCUACAAGGGAGCUCGAAUCGACUCUGAGUGGACGGUCUCUCGCACUUUCACUCUCGCUUGAUGCAGCAUUCAAUGGUGACACCCCCCGGGUCCAAGUAGGGGUUACCUACGAAAAUUACGGUAUUGCAUGGCAAUACCUUUUGUCUCUUGUAGCAGAAACUGCUCUGUUUGGAUUCGCCUUGUUCUUGCUCAGUGUGACAGCGUACACUUACUUCUGGUCUACGAUUUCUCAAUGGCGAUCUUGUAUCCCUUUGCUCAUCCCGGGUAUUGCGUCGUUAAUGUAUGCGCUGUCAUUGGCGCAUUGGUGUUUUUCCCUCCGGUGUUUUCAUAUCUGGACACGCACUCCGCUUGACCUCUUUAUUGCCGACAAGGAAAUCAAUGCACUCAAUCGCGCUCUCCUAUCUCUUCUCUCGUUCAACAAUCAGACGAUACUGAGUGACUCCAUAGUGCUAUGGCGGAUGUGCGUCGUGUGGGACAGGAACAAGCCUGUCAUUGUCUUCGGUGUCACGCUGCUCGUCACAACGUUGGGCCUCAAUAUAGUGAACAUAGUCCACACGACCCGGGACUCUAUCAGCGAAAGCACAUUCAACGACAAAGAUACGGAGUUCGUUGGCACGUUUGGCACGAACUCAGUUGGGCUUGCCGCCGCAUUCUUGUCACUGGCGAGCAAUUUAUGUGCGACGAUUCUUGUUGGGAUCAAGGCCUGGUUGCACACAAUGCGGUUUCCAAAACAACUUCGCUCUGAUAGUGGGCGAACCAUCGUCGAGCGUUUCAUGGUAUUGCUUGUGGACUCAGGGGCGGUCUAUACGACGAUGUGGCUCCUGUACUGUAUCAGCUUCUUUCGAAACAUCACGACACACACCAUCUUGGGUGAAGAUCUCGAAGAUCCCGAAGACGACUUCCCUACAAUUACUACUGUGGGUUAUCUUGACGCGGCGAUGGCUCAAAUCACAACCAUUUACCCGCUCAUGGUCUUCAUCUUUGUCGCUCUAGACAAGGCCCACCAUUCACGUCGACGGCAAAUCUUGCGAAACAACGACUGGCCCAAGGAGCAAACUCCUGCCGUCACCGUAACUUUCGAGGUCGACGUUGAACGCAACACGGGUUCAAGCCCUCCUUCCACGUACCCGAUGUCGGUGCUGCAAUAUACUGACGAUUCCUCGACCGCAGUGGACGACACGAAGCUCUCCAAACCCGAAACACCGUGA